AUGACGAGGGUGGGUCGAGAUUUUGGGGAUACAAUGCAAAAGGAUGCCGUUCCAGCUGUGUCUGCUGACGUAAUUUUUUCCUCAAGUCGAUUUCCUAAUUACAAAAUUGGAGCUAACAAUCAGAUUGUGGAGGCAAAGGAUGAGCAAAAGGUACUAUCAAUGAAGGAAGUUGUUGCACGUGAGACAGCACAAUUGUUGGAACAGCAAAAACGCCUUUCAGUCCGUGACCUUGCCAGUAAAUUCGAGAAAGGGUUGGCUGCUGCUGCUAAGUUGUCUGAAGAGGCUAGACUUAGGGAGGCAGCUUCUUUGGAGAAACAUGUCCUUUUGAAGAAGCUUCGGGAUGCACUGGAAUCAUUAAAAGGACGUGUGGCUGGUAGAAACAAGGAUGAUGUAGAGGACGCCAUUUCAAUGGUGGAGGCUUUAGCAGUUCAGUUGACUCAAAGAGAAGGGGAGUUAAUGCAAGAAAAAGCCGAGGUGAAGAAGCUAGCAAUUUUCUUAAGCAGGCUUCAGAAGAUGCUAAAAAACUUGUCGAUGAGGAAAGAGCUUUUGCUCGUGCUGAAAUUGAAAUGCCAGAGCAGCAGUACAGAGAGUGGAAGAAGCUCUUCAGGAACAAGAACAAAUGUCGCGAGCUUCUGGGAAGCAGGUGUGUGCUAUAUGCCUAUUUUUAGACCGCAAAAUUUCUAG